ACCUCUACUUUUUCUAUGUUUCUACCAACUUUGGGGACUCCGAGGAGAACCAAAAGGGUUUUCUACAAAAACAAACCCAAGAUCUCACACUGUAAAUCGCAGUAAAAAACAUGGAAUCUGAAGGGCAACAACAAAACUCAUCCAACCCAUCAGCCGUGAUCGCAGCUCUUCUAUGUAAAAGAGCCAAACAACAUGAAGAACUUCGAAGCAUCGAAAAACAGGUUUAUGACAUGGAAACAGCUUAUCUACAAGAUCCAAGCCAAAGUGGAAACGUAUUAAAAGGUUACGAAGGGUUUCUGUCAGCAUCUAAGAGCACUUCAUUCUACAAGCGGUCUAGGAAAUUUCAGGUGGAAGAUAGGCUCUUUUCACUAUCUUCGGUCACCUCACAAGCGACCGAAGAACAUGCUGCAAUGGGAGCUGCAUCUGCGAUGGGACCGGGAAAGCCGAAAAAGGGUAGACCGGGACCCAGGGAUGUGAGAAGAAUCAGGCAGUACAGUGAACCUGACUUUGACUAUGAAGAUGAUCCUGAUUUGAUUUGAGAUAUUUGGUUUUAUGGAGGCUUACAACUAGGUAUGCUACAAGAGAAGGGAUAAAGAUAUAUAAUAACAAAAGUUUGGUUUUGACGUUAAUGGUGGAUGAAAGAUUGUUGCUCUUAUGUAUAUAUUAUAUAUGCAUAUAAACAUUUAUGAAUUUAGCGUGAUGAACCCAAAACCUAUAUCGUGAAAGCUUACAUUGCUCAACUUGUGAAUGGUUGAUCCAUAAUCCAUUUUGAUAUUGAUCCAUGGGUCGGAUUAAGAGGAUGAUUUAUAAUCCAUUCUUGUUUGGAGUUGCACAUUAGGCUCAUAUUCUUAGAAGGCACCUAAUUUGUGGGCCUUUAUUACAAUUUCAUCAUCUGGUGUAAGAAAGAAUUGACCUUCAACAACUUUAAAUUUUAAAAAAAUUGUAUUCAUUUUACAUUGUAAGAAAGAAAUCGAA